UAUCUGUAUUCCAGCCAAGCACAAUCAAGUAUUUAGAGGAAAUAAGACUGAAACAACAGCCGCAGAAGAUAAUGUUAUUAUUUCAGUGGGAUAAUGAGAGUCCAACAACCUUUACUAACAUUAUAAAUGAACUUCAGGGGAAUGAAAGCACAAUAUGAGCACUUUAACGUCUUUCACAAGUUUGUUUCCUCAUAAAAUCUUUAAGCUAAUAAGUUAAGCGUAUUUGGCUUGCUGUCUGCUGUGGAGGGGCUCGAGGAAGCAGCUUCAACUCGAGCUUGGAUAUACCCCCCAGGGACUACUAGUGCCUGGAAGAGGAGUACGAUAGAUGACAUGCCUAAAUUAUGCGGUGGAGUUGGGGAGGUGGAGGGAUAUCGAAACAACUGAUGCCAGAGCAGGGUGAGUAUCUGCUUAUAUGCUCGGGUCCUAAUUGAAAGAUUAGGGUUCCCUCCUCCCAAAAUUACGUUGUGAACGUCACUUAUCUUGUCUCUGUUGUGAAUGUCUCCUCCUCAACACCAGGGGUCUCUGCUCUCAGAAGAGGGAAAAGAAGAAAGCCCAUGAGAGCAGAAAAACGUUUCUCCGUCUUUGUCACCAGCACCAGAUAAAAAGUGGCCCAAAACAGAGAAGCACAAACAUACAUAAUAUUUAAUUAAGGUCCAUAUUCAUAUAGACUGACACUGACUGACACAGACGUCAAGAUGCAAAUAAGGAGAAAGAGUUGGACAAAUACACAAAUAUAGAGGAAGUGAAUAUGAAAUAGGUGUUUCAGAGAAAUACACAAAUGAUGUGAUGACGAAUGAGGGAUGAGAGCAGAUAUAAUGAUCACACUGUUUAAAGCCACAGACAGAAACAUCAGACUCAGGACAGAAACACACGACCUCUAAAAAAUGGAGCAAACUCUAUAUUUCAUUCUUCUUCUCAUUGCUCUCUGCUCCGUAUCUGAAUGUGUUCAGCGUCAGUAUCACUUUAUAAACGUGAGGAAGACCUGGACUGAAGCUCAGAGAUACUGCAGAGAGAAUUACACAGAUCUGGCCACCGUUGACAACAUGAACGACAUGAACGAGCUGAAGAAGAGUGUGAAUGAUGGACGUGUCUGGAUUGGGUUGGAGAAGACGGGUCAUAAUAAAUGGCAAUGGUCUUCAGGUGAUCCUGCGCUCAAUCUGAACUGGGGAUCUGGACAACCUGAUGGCACAGAUGAGUGUGCUUUUAUGAGAGAUGGACAAUGGCAUGAUGGGUCAUGUAGUGACAGCUGGAUAUUCAUCUGCAGUUCAUCUAACAACAUGAACACAGGACUCGUCUUUGUCAACCAGACGAAGAAAUGGAGAGAAGCUCAGAGUUACUGCAGACAGAAUCACAUUGAUCUGGUCAGUGUGAGGAACCAGAAUGAGAAUCAACAGCUUCAGAAGUUCAUCACUGAUAAUCACAUAUCUGGUGAUGUCUGGAUCGGUCUGUUCAGAGACUCAUGGCAGUGGUCAGAUCAGAGUAACUCCUCAUUCAGAUACUGGAAUACUGGUGAACCUAAUAAUGUUGGAGGUGAUGAAAACUGUACAGCGAUUGAACAGAACGCUCAGGGACAAUGGAAUGACGUCUCUUGCAACAGAGAGUUUCCUUUUGUGUGUCAUGAAGAUAAACUGAUUCUGAUCAAAGAGAAGCUGACGUGGUCUGAAGCUCUGAGAUACUGCAGACAGAAUCAUGUGGAUCUGGUCUCGGUUCAUUCAGAAGAGAUUCAGCGUGAGGUGAUGAAUGUGGUUAAACAGGCGUCUACUGAGGCGGUGUGGUUGGGUUUACGUCACUCCUGCACUGUGGGCCUCUGGUUCUGGGUGAGCGGACAGACCGUGUGCUAUCAGAACUGGGCGAUUGAUGAUUCAGAGAACUGUGAUUCUGCAGUGAGAUCUGGAGCAGUUCAGUCUGGAGGAGAUCAGCGCUGGAUCAGCCGUCCUGAGACUGACAGACUCAACUUCAUCUGCAGAAAUUAUGAGUGAAUGGAUACACAUACAUUUCAUGUAAGAUAGCAAAUGCUUGUGUGUUCACUUCCUUUAACUUCAGUUUAAUUCAUCACAUGGUUUGUUGUGAAUCAUUCAGCACAUUUAUCAAACUGCCAAAGUCACAUGAUUUCAGUAAACAAGGCUUUGUUACUUUUUUAAACAUUUAGAAGUUUUAAUGGUUUGCCGCUAUGAUCUCUCUGUGAACCAGUGUCUAUAUGGUUACACAAUAAAAUAAAAGAGACUUACACAGUAGGGUAUCAUGUAAGACUAAAUGAACAGUUUCAAAUAUUGACGUUUAUUGUUCAAUUGUUAAUUGUUACGAGAUUUGACAUCCAGAAACGCUGUUUGCUUUUAUAAACUCUUUCUGUCUCUUUUUGUGUUAUUUACUAACUUCAGAAUUAAUUGAAUUUUGUGAGGGGUCAAAGGGCAUCAUAUACUCAUCAUUAUAUGUUUAUACUGUUUUCUUUGUGUUUUAUCAUGAUAUAAUUCAUGUAACUGAAGAUGGUGUGAGUUUUUUAAGUUCCUCAUUUGUGUUUUAAGGAUCUCUGUGGUACUUCUCUCUCUCUCUCUCUCUCUCUCUCUCUUGAAUUUCAUGUAUUAAUCAUGACUUUAUAUUAGAAAAGACUGGAUGAAUGUGAAUCAAUGAGAACAUUAUGUGCCUCAGCUAAAUGAAAUACUGUUUAUUCAUGACGGAGUGAAGGUUGGGUAUAAAAUAUCUAAUUCUUUUGUGCUAAACAACAGCAGCUCAAAUAAACUCACAUACAACCAGCAA